CGAUCUUCAUUUCCUUGAAUCUUAGGCUAAUAUCAAUAAAUAUCAAGCAAGGCUAGUUGACGAAGUCUGGCUAUGUUAUGUUGAUCUUCAAAUCAUAUUUCGUAUGUGGAUAUAAAUAAAAAAAUAUUUAAUGGUUGAUAUUGCAAAUUUGCUUAUUACAUCUUGAGAAACAUUAUUCCUUAUUAGUUAUCACCUGAUUUACUCUUUUACUUUCUUUUGAUUAUAAAAACUUCACUGCCACUCUAAAGUUACUAUGAAAAACUAGGUUUUAAGUGUUGGCGUUUUACUCAAAUUGCUUAUCUGAAAAAUGGCUGAUUUCGUAGUAAGCGAAGCUGAAGAAUCUGAAGAUGAGGACAUCAUCAACAGGAAACGUAAAUUUCAAGAAGAAGAGGACGAUGAAGAGGAAGAAGAAGACGAUGAAGAAAAGCUAAGGGAAGAGAUGAAAGAUCUAAUUAAUGAUGAUGAAGAAGAGGAUAAGGAAGAUUCCGAUGAAGGAGAAAUUGUAAGAAAGAAAAAGAAACAUCAUGAUGAUUAUGAUGAUGCUUUAGAAGAUGAAGAUUAUGAUUUAAUUGAAGAAAAUUUAGGGGUUAAAGUACAAAGAAAAAAAAAGUUUAAACGAUUACGAAGAAUUGAGGAUGAAGAAAGUGAUAAUGAAGAAGCAGAAGAAGGUGAAGAUAGAGAAGCCAUCGCUAAUGAACUCUUUGAUGCAGAUGAUGGGGAGGGAGAAGAGGAUGAGCCCAGAGUUGCAGAAGAUACACUUGGUAAUUUAGAAGAAUCAGGCGAAGAAUCUGAUGAGUCAGAUUUUAUUGUUGAUGAUGAUGGGCAGCCAAUUUCAAAGGGGAAGAAAAAAAGGCACAUUAAAUAUAAUGAUGCGGCCUUACAAGAAGCGCAAGAAAUUUUUGGUGUUGAUUUUGAUUAUGCCGAUUUUGCUCAGGAAGGAGAUGAAUAUGAUGAGGAUGAUGAAGAUUAUGAAGAGGAGGAAGAGGACGAAGACGGAGAGACUCGACCCAAGCAGAAGAAAACAGCUCGCAAACAGACUACCAAAAAAACUAUAUAUGAUAUAUUUGAACCAGUGGAACUGGAGAGAAGUCAUAUGACAGAUCUUGACAAAGAGAUUAAAGCUGUUGAUAUACCAGAAAGAUUCCAGUUGCGAGCAGUACCUGUAACGGAAGCUGAAGAUGAUGAAAUCGAGGAGGAAGCCGAAUGGAUCUAUAAGCAAGCCUUCAGCAUUCCUACCAUAUCACUUCAAGAGGGGGAGCAUGCUGGAACUGGUCACCAACCUAUUGCCGGCCGUAAAAAUCCCAGCGCUGUGGGAAAGAUAAGAGAAGCUUUAAAAUUUAUCCGUAACAAUAAGUUUGAGGUUCCUUUUAUUGCAUUUUAUAGAAAAGAAUAUGUAGAGCCAGAUUUAAAUAUUAAUGAUUUAUGGACUGUAUAUAAAUGGGAUGAAAAGUGGUAUCAAUUAAGAACAAGGAAGAAUAAUUUGAGUAAAUUGUUUGAAAAAAUGCAACAGUAUCAAUGUGAUACCAUUAUGGCUGAUCCAGACAAACCUCUUGAAGAGGGAAUUCGAGCACUUGAAGUCACUGAUAUUAUAAGAUUGAAAAAGGCACAAAGCAUGGAGGAAAUCCAGGAUUGUUAUUCUCACUUCAUGCUGUAUUAUGGUCAUGACAUACCAGCCAUGAAAGAACACAUGAGAAAGAAGCAGCAAAAAGAAAUGGAAAAUGGCGAAGAAUUAGAGGAAGAUACGAAAAUCAAGCAUGUUCCUCACACUGAUGCUUAUACUGUGUGCAAACUUUCUGGAAUCGAUGGUCUUGCUAAGAAAUUUGGUCUGACACCUGAGCAGUUUGGGGAAAACUUACGUGACAAUUAUCAAAGGCAUGAGGUUGAUCAGUAUCCUGUUGAACCUAAAGAAGUAGCAUCAGAUUAUGUUUGCAAGCGUUUCCCCACUGCCGACGAGUGUUUGACUGUUGCAAAAUUUAUGGUGGCUACUCAAAUAGCAAGAGAACCAGCAGUUCGAAAAUGCGUGAGACAAAUUUUUUUCGAAAGAUCGAAAAUAACUGUGAGGCCCACUCAGAAAGGAAUCAAAGAAAUAGAUGAAAACCAUCCAUGCUAUAGUAUGAAGUAUUUAACCAAAUCUGUUAAAGAUUUACGUGGAGAGCAGUUUUUAAAAUUAAGCAUGGCUGAAAGAAGUGAAGAGGUUAAAAUUACCAUAGCUAUGCAACACCAAGGAGGCAAAGAUAGUCGGCAUGUUUAUUUAGAGGAAAUUAAGCAGCUAUAUGAGCGAGAUGAAUACAGUAAAAAUGUUCUGGACUGGAAUGUUCAAAGACAUCAAGCAUUGGAUCUUGCUUUAACAAAAAUGCUGUAUCCCUCCUUUGAAAAAGAACUCAGGCUGCGUUUAUUAAAUGAAGCUAAAGAGGGUGUUAUCAAGGCUUGCUGUCGAAAGUUAUACAACUGGUUGAAAGUUGCUCCUUACCAAGUAGAUCCCCAGGUAGAGGAUGAAGAUGAUUUUGACACCAGAGAAGGAGUGAGAGUGCUUUCCAUUGCUUAUCAAGGAAAUGCAAACAAUGUACCAGCUUUCUGUGCGAUGGUUGAUGGAGACGGAGAAGUUAUGGAAUUUCUGCGCCUUAAAUAUUUAUUGAACAGGAGAAAUUCCCGCAGAGAAGAUGAUCGUAUAAAGAAGGAGGCAGACUUGCAUGUGCUAAGAAAACUCAUUCUUAAGAAAAAACCUCAUGUUGUAGUUGUAGCUGGUGAAUCGAGGGAAGCAUCAAUGAUUGUGGCAGAUGUUAAGGAAAUAGUGAAUGAUUUAAUCGAUAGUGAGCAGUUCCCACCCAUUAGUGUUGAAAUUAUGGACAAUGAACUAGCAGUUUUAUUUUCCAAAUCAAAUAGAGGAGUUAGUGACUUUAGAGAUUAUCCAGAGCUUUUAAGGCAAGGUGUUUCUCUUGCUCGUCGUUUGCAGGAUCCACUCAUAGAAUUUUCACAGCUUUGUACCCCAGAUGAAGAAAUUCUCUGUCUAAAGUAUCAUCCUUUACAGGGGGAGGUGAAUAAAGAUGAACUUGUCAAUGCCCUUAAUUUAGAGUUUGUAAAUCGAACAAAUGAAGUUGGCGUCGAUUUCAACAGAGCUAUCCAGUUCAAUCAUACUGCUAAUUUAGUACAGUUUGUUUGCGGCUUGGGACCUAGAAAAGGGACAUUUUUAGUCAAGACUCUAAAAACAGCCAAUCAGCAAUUAGAGAGCAGAACACAGUUAAUUACCUUUUGCAAAAUGGGACCCAAAGUUUUUGUUAACUGUGCUGGAUUCAUAAAGAUUGACACGUCUUCUUUAGUAGACAGUACGGAGACCUAUGUUGAAGUGUUAGAUGGAUCUCGUGUUCACCCAGAAGCAUACGAAUGGGCUCGUAAAAUGGCUGUUGAUGCUCUUGAAUAUGAUGAUACAUCUGAUGAUGUCAAUCCUGCUGGUGCUUUAGAGGAAAUUUUAGAAAAUCCAGAAAAACUGAAGGAUCUUGAUUUAGAUGCUUUUGCUGAGGAAUUAGAAAGACAGAAUUAUGGAAAUAAAAGCAUCACACUUUACGAUAUUCGAGCUGAACUAAAUCAUAAAUAUAAAGAUCUGAGAUCUGAAUAUAAAUCUCCUAGUCCUGAAGAGAUUUUCAAUAUGUUAACUAAAGAAUCACCUGAAACAUUUUAUAUAGGUAAAUUAGUGUUAUGUUUUGUUAUUAAUAUUGCUAGAAGGAAGCCAAAACAUGAUCAACUUGAAAAUGCAAAUCCAGUUCGGAAUGCUGAAACUAAUCUUUGGGAGUGUCCUUUUUGUUUGAAGAAGAACUUUCCUGAAUUGAGUGAUGUGUGGAGCCAUUUCGACAGCAGUAAUUGUCCUGGCCAAGCUGUGGGAGUAAGAGUUAGGCUUGAUAAUGGUUUAUCUGGAUUUAUUCACACAAAAAUGUUAAGUGACAAGCAUGUAUCCAAUCCUGAAGAUAGAGUUAGGGAGAGAAUGACUCUUCAUGCUCGAAUCACUAAAAUUGAUGUUGAAAGAUUUGCUGUUGAUUUGACAUCUAGGUCAUCAGAUCUCGCUGAUAAAAAUAAUGAAUGGAGACCACCAAAGGAUUCAUAUUAUGAUUAUGAUGCUGAAGAACUAGAUCGAAAAAAAGUUGAAGACAGUAAUAAGAAACAAAAUAGGCAAGUCUACCUGAAGCGAGUUAUUAUCCACCCAUCUUUUAAAAAUGUCAGUUUUAAAGAGGCAGAAGCAUUACUUAAUACAAUGGACCAAGGUGACGUCAUUAUUCGACCUAGUAGUAAGGGUAAUAAUCACCUAACAGUUACUUGGAAAGUUGCAGACAACAUCAAUCACCAUAUUGAUGUAAAAGAGGAAGGGAAAGAAAAUGAUUUUAGUUUGGGGCAUUCCUUAAUUAUUGGAGAUGAGUCAUUUGAAGACCUUGAUGAAAUAAUUGCGAGGCAUGUGCAACCCAUGGCCGGUUAUGCAAGAGAAUUGCUGAAUUUUAAAUAUUAUGUUGAUGCUAAUGGAGGUAAAAAAGAGGAAAUGGAAAAAAUAUUAACUGCAGAGAAAAGCAAAGCACCUCAAAAAAUACCUUAUUAUGUCUCUGCUUCUGCAGAAUAUCCAGCAAAGUUUCUACUUUCUUAUCUUCCUAGGAAUAAGGUUCGCCAUGAAUUUAUAACAGUUAUGCCAGAGGGUUUCAGUUAUCGAGGUCAUGAGUUCCGAUCUGUAAAUCAACUGUUUGGCUGGUUCAAAAGACACUUCAGAGAUGCACCACCAGGUGCUACUCCAAGCUUACGAACACCUGCACGUACACCUAUGGGACAGUCCUCUUAUAUUGGCAAUACACCAAGCCGAAAUAUUGCUGCCUUUGAUAUUCAGUCUAUUCAAAGAGUUGCCGCAAACAUGCCAAAUCAGCUCUACAAUACUUUGUCACAAGUUGCUGGUCAAACACCUGCUUUUCAAGGUGCAAGCAACUAUACUGCGAAUUUUGGUGGUGCUUAUAGCUAUCAACCCUAUACUCCUUCUCAGCCUGUUGCUACACCCCUGGUCACCCCAUCUUAUCAUGCUGUACCAACUCCUGCUCACUCUCAAGUACCCACUCCAAGGUACCCACAAACACCCCAACAGAACUGGGCAUCUCAAACACCUUCCAGAACCACACCCAAGGCUCCGCCAGUGAAUACAAAUCCACCCUCUGUACAAGACUGGAAACGAAUGGCAGAACAGUGGGCUAAAAAUAGGCAAGAGUCACUUGUGCCUGGUCAAAUAACUCCAAGAACUCCCAUGCGAGGGUCACCAAGUCCAAUGAUGAUUGAAUCUACACCUGCUGAUGCGACUCCUCUUAUUGAUGAAUACUAAGAAGGAAAAAUAAGUUAACACACUAUGACUGUUGAACAGUAUUUGUGCUCUACUUUUUUAAUGUUUGUGAGAAUAUAUUUUUACACUAAAUAAAUUUAUUAGCACGACACACAUGAUGAGCAGGUGUAAUAUUAUUGUUUUUACAUUUGCAACAAUAUUGUUUUGUUAAACCCUUGACCGCUGAAGAAAAAACUUUUAUGACUUGCUCAAAGAUUUCAACUUGGAUAAUUUUGCCAUUCAAGAGAUUUUGUAUAUAGACAUUUGUAAAUAAAUUUGUAUUUUUCUUUUCACCUUUAAAA